AUGAUUGCCUUGUCUACACAUAGCAGAAUUUGCAACGGUCUCCCUACUGAGGACCCUAAUCGACUACCGCUUAUUUGUGAAAGAAACCAUCCUGUAACUAGAGAAGCCGAGAAUUUGUUGGAAAAUUACAACUACCCCCAAUAUCAGCGCAAUUCGGAGGAGGCUAUCCAGAGGCUACUUGUAUUGAACGAGGGCGUAGCCAGAGCCGGUCGACUUCUGCAGCGCGACAAUGAGAUCCAAGAGAACUCAAUCUAUGAUCACGACUCCGACUUUGACUUGGACAAACCGAACGACACAUCCGAUAGUUAUAGAACGGGUGUAUUGGAAAAAGAAAGGAGGGCUAUGAUGGACGACAAUGGUAACCCAAAAGCUGGUCAGGACAUGAUCUCAAGUCUUGUCUCUGAGGUCUGA